AUGGACGCCCCCUACGAAAAGGAACGAAUGAUCGCAGAGCUGGCGGUGCAACGAGCAUCUCUCCUGACUAAACGAAUCCUCGCCGACAUCGACAAAGGUGCCUUGGACAAGAGCGAUCGCACNCCCGUCACCGUCGGCGAUUUUGGCGCUCAAGCGCUCAUGAUUGGCGCCAUACAUCACAACUUCCCAGAAGAUUCGUUUAUCGGCGAAGAGACGGCGGCUGCACUACGCGAGAAUGAACAACUACGAAGCCGCGUUUGGGAUCUUGUCUCGACCACACACUUGCAAGAAAAAGAGUUGGAUGAGCGAUUGGGAAGUAUUGGGUCGGCAGAAGAAAUGAUGGACACAAUUGAUCUUGGCAAUCAUCCUGGAGGCCGCAAAGGUCGUAUCUGGAUCCUUGACCCUAUCGACGGCACAGCGACCUUUAUGCGCAACCAACAAUAUGCUGUCUGCUUGGCCUUGAUUGUCGACGGUGAGCAAAAGGUAGGCGUUAUUGGUUGCCCAAACCUGGACCUCAGUACCGGUAAGAUCUCCGAGGAAAAUGCAGACAAUGCUGGCAAUGGCCAAAUGCUUUCUGCAAUCAAAGGCCGAGGCGCAAUCAUCAGGCCUCUGGGUCAUGCAGGACUGCAACCAUCUAAGCCAAUCGAAAGGCAUGAGGAUAUCUCCAGCGACCCCAAAUCACUUGACUUUGUCGAGUCUGGAAACAGCAAAUCUGUCGAUCUGGAGUUCCACCGCAAGGUAGCCGAGAAGCUGGGCGCUCCAUGGCCUGGCACUGACAUGUGGUCCUCGCAAAUGCGAUACAUCGCCAUGGCUGUUGGUGGUGGCGACAUUAUGCUACGCUUUUACAGUAAGAAAGGCCACAAGUCAUACGUCUGGGAUCAUGCUGGCGGCUUCCUCAUCUUCGAGGAGUCAGGCGGCAAGGUCACAGAUCUAGACGGCAAGCCUAUCGACUUUGGUGCUGGAAGGAGAUUCGAGAACAACAGUGAAAUGGUCGCUGCUCCCGAGAAGGCUCAGCCGCGCAUCCUUCAACUCGUCAAUGACAUGUUCCGAGCUUGA